AUGUCUAUGCUUAGAACUGUUGUAACACGUACAUCUGUACUUAGACCAAGAUUGGCUACUUCAUCCAAUGUCUUUAUGGCCAGAAGCAAGGACUCUAUCAAAGACAGAGAGGAUGCUCUCGAGACUGAAUACGUCAGAAUGAAGGAGAAGGAAGAUUUGAAGAAGUUCAAGGAGAAAAUGGACAAGGAAAAAGAAGAAAACGAAAAGAAACAAAAGAAGGCCGAAAAGAAAGACUCAAAAGAUAAGGAAAUCGAUCAAGUAGAGAAGCAAAUCAAAGACUUGCAAGAGAAACUCGAAUCAUUGAAGAAGAAGAAGUAA